GGUUGGUUCGGCCUUUGGGACUGCAUUUGGGAAUCAUUUCUGUUGCCCCUCCUCACACAACCUCACCUUUGUUCUUGACUCGCGUCUGCCCAUUCGCAAAAAUGGCGAUUAAUUCUGCCCCUGAGUCCUCCCUCCUCUCCCUCAUCUACCGCUCUUACCCCACCGCUGUCUCCCCCGAUGCCACGGAGACCGACCUCUUGACCGUCUCGCCCAAGAUUUUCCCGCAGACCACCUUCUCCGCUCCGGAAGAGGCUGACAUCAAGCAAUGGCUGGGAACUAUAUCUGGUCUCCAGGGCGCCCUUACUAAGGAUGACAAGCCCGUGAUCACCAACAUCCUCGGACAGCUGAAUGGCCACCUGGCUACGCGGACCACCAUUCUUGGGACAAAGCCUUCCGUUGCUGAUAUCUCGGCGUACGCUCUUCUGGCUCCUGUGGUGGAGAAAUGGAGCCCGGAGGAGCGCACUGGCGAGCAGGGCUACCAUCACAUUGUGCGUCACAUCGAUUUCGUGCAGAACAGCCGGUUGUUCGCACUGCAGAUUCCCGAGGAGGAAAAGAUUGCCAUCGAUGUGAACGAUGUGCGCUUCGUGCCCAAGCCCGUGGACCCCAAGGAAGAGAAGGAACGCAAGAAGAAGGAGAAGGCUGCUGCCCAGAACGCCGGCGCUGCGGCUGAAGGCAAGCCCCUCAUCGUUGGAAAGGGUAAGCCCGAGGCAGCGGCCAAGGAAGAAACUCCCACAGCUACCCAGGCUGAAGGCAAGCCCAAGAAGGAGAAGAAGGAAAAGAAGGAGAAGCAACCUAGGGCUAAGCCUGCCCCUGCCUCUGCUUCUCCUCCAUCUCCAUGCGUCAUUGAUCUCCGUGUUGGUCACAUUCUUCGCGCCGUCAACCACCCAAAUGCCGACUCCCUCUACGUUUCGACUAUCGACUGUGGUGAUGCCCCUGGCUCCAAUAACACCUCUUUGGACGAGGAAACUGGCAAGACUGUCCGCACCGUGUGCUCGGGUCUGAACGGACUUGUUCCUCUGGAGGAAAUGCAGGGCCGUAAGAUCGUCGCCGUCUGCAACCUUAAGCCUGUUACCAUGCGUGGAAUUAAGUCCGCAGCUAUGGUUCUCGCCGCCUCUCCCCGUGUCGCAGAAGGUGAGGACUCGCACAGCGGUCCCGUUGAGCUCGUCACUCCCCCUACUGAUGCCCCCGCCGGAUCCCGUGUAUACUUCGAGGGAUGGAAUGACGCUGAGCCCGAGAAGGUGCUCAACCCUAAGAAGAAGGUCUGGGAGACCUACCAGCCUGGAUUCACAACGACCGAGAACCUCGAGGUUGCCUUUGAUGUUAGUGCUGUUCCUGCUGUGCAGGGUCAAGAAGGCAAACCUGCCUUGGGCAAACUGGUUACUGAGGGAGGUCUUUGCACUGUCAAGAGCUUGAAGGGAGCUACUGUUCGGUAGAGAAUAAUCAUUGGAUAUACUGUGUUUUUUUUUUAAAAAAAGAAAAAAAGAAACAAGAGCGUGUUCAGGUUAGACAAACAGUCCGGUCACUAAUUGAUGAAUGAUAUGGAUAUAAACUACUUACGUGAUUACUU